AUGCGGCGAGUUGGCGCACGUGACGACGAGGCUGCGCACGGCCUGCCGCUUCGAAAGAGGCUCGCCCGAUGGGAAGAGCGGAACAAGGUGGUGUCAUCCUGGCUCGCCGCCCGCGGCAAGCCGGCAGAGCUGGGCAAGGUCCAUCCCGACGACUUUUUCGAGUUUAUUCCGACCUUUGUCACGGCGCUCCCGGCCGGCCAGUCGUUCUCGCGGCAUUGCUUUGAGACUGCGACGGCGUCGAUGGCCGAGUGCGGCGCAAGCUGCGUCGAGAUUACCAUGGACGUGGCCGGCAAGGCCUCGCCGCUCUGUGAGGAUCUGUAUCUGUUCGGCUCGGUCGAGACCUUUCACGUCCACGAGUUUGCUUUGGCUGGGCGGCACCGGGUGACGCUCCGCGGCUUGUCGCCGGUGGAGCUGGCGGAUCUCAAGGCCAACGGCAUGCGGGUCUUCCACUUCAAGUCAGAGGUCCUUGCCGACGUGGUCGCCUUUGCCGACACCCUCGCCAUGUUCUUGCAGGGCAACCUCCCGAUCGGGCCGCCGGACGUCUCGGCUCACGAGGCCGCGCUCAACGUGGCCUUUCUGGAGGAGAAAAUGCAGAUCACGCUCGAGCCGCGGGACGCCGGCCUGGUCAACAUGAGCCAGAUUGUGCCGACGCUGGAGAACGGCGACUUUUUCGGCAUCAUCCGCCUCGACGGCCUUGAUCCCAUGAUCGCCUGGGGCAUGGGCUCGCUCCUCACCGGCCACACGGUAGCGGUGUGGAAGCCGAGCGUGCCCACCACCGUCAACGGCGUCACCUACCCGCCCGGCGUUUACAUUACCGAGUCGCAGACCAAGUCGCACUACUGGCCGGUCAACCUCAUCCAGAUCAACCCCAUCGACAAGUGGAUCGAGAUGGCCCACGCGGCUUCGUACAACGUCGUCCACCUUCCGCUCAAGCCCGCCGUCCGCGCCGCGCUCAACGAGUCUGCCAUGGCCGCCUACCUCGACGAGGUCGUCGGCACUGUCUACGGCUUUGCUAACUUUCUCGUCGGCUGGAUUGACUCGCCCGACGACAACUACCCGGAGCCACUCUCGCUCCAGCUCGUGGGCAUCGUCUUUGCGCUCCUCGAAAAGAUCUCGCCGCCGACCGCCGAGCUCAUGUGGAACCAGAUGCUCAAUCACAGGCUCAACACAACCGGGCUCGACUGCUACCAGCUCUACGCCGAGAUGGCCGCCCGCAACCUCAGCCUCGGCGCCGUCCUCUCCAUCCCGGAGCAGGACGACUGGCGCUACCUCAUGCCCGGCUGGGCCCAUCCCGACAAGCCCAUCCCGGCCUCGGUCUGCGACGUCCACGUUUGUCGAUUCCUCAAGGCCGGUGGCGCCUUUGGCUCCCUCACCCCGCACAUCCAGUGCACCGAGUUUACCAACUGGGACGUCUACUCGCUCGACUUUUACGAUCCGACCCCGGCCCGCCCGCAGACCUGCGUCGACGCCGACCCGGACGCUCCGCUCUGCCAGCUCAUGGGCACCAUCAAGCAGCCGCUCCACAUGGCCGGCUCCGUCACGCCCUAUCCUCACAUGCGCGAGCACUGCGGCGGCAUCGCACCCAACUACUACUGGGGCCAAAAGUGCUGA